CUCCACCAAGUCCACUAGCACCUAAUCGAGUUACCGAGGAAGCCCCUGGUGCGGACCGCAAGCCCGCAACACCAUGGACAGUGUGGCCGGCAGCAGAAGCACCCGCUUCAUGAUGGAGGGAGUCGGAGCCCGCGUUAUUCGAGGCCCCGAUUGGAAAUGGGGCAAACAGGACGGAGGCGAAGGUCACGUUGGCACCGUCCGCAACUUCGAGUCGCCUGAGGAGGUGGUCGUCGUCUGGGACAACGGCACCGCCGCCAACUACCGCUGCUCCGGACCGUACGACCUCCGGGUCUUGGACAGCGCACCCACUGGUGUGAAACACGAUGGCACGAUGUGUGACACUUGCCGACAGCAACCCAUUUUUGGCAUCAGGCUCAAGUGCGCCGAAUGCAAUAAUUACGACCUCUGCUCCAACUGCUACCACAGUGAUAAACACCAUCUGAGACAUAGAUUCUAUAGAAUUUCAACUCCAGGCAGUGAAAGGGUCUUGCUGGAAACCAGAAGGAAAAGCAAGAAAAUUGCAGUUCGAGGGAUAUUUCCUGGCGCCAGAGUGGUGCGCGGAGUCGAUUGGCAGUGGGAAGACCAGGAUGGUGGCAACGGACGCAGGGGCAAGGUCAACGACAUUCAAGACUGGUCAGCGGCCAGCCCGAGAUCGGCUGCAUACGUGGUUUGGGAUAACGGAGCCAAGAAUUUGUACCGAGUUGGAUUCGAGGGCAUGGCCGACUUGAAAGUAGUGAACGAUGCGAAAGGAGGAACUGUGUAUAGAGACCAUUUGCCCUUGUUGGGAGAGCAAGGUGCAGGCAAGACUGGUCCAUUCGGACUCAUGAUUGGUGAUCAGGUUAAUGUUGACUUGGAACUAGAAAUAGUGCAAUCUCUUCAACAUGGACAUGGGGGUUGGAUAGAUGGAAUGUAUGAAUGUCUGGGUACGACUGGGACAAUUAUGGGAAUUGAUGAAGACCACGAUAUUGUAGUUUCGUACCCAAGUGGCCACAGAUGGACUUUUAACCCAGCAGCCCUGACAAAAGUCACUAAUAAGCCACCUGGGCCAGCUGCCUCUCAAAAUGCAACCGAGACCGCUACUCCUCAAUUCGUAGUUGGAGAUCUUGUCCAAAUUUGCAAUGAUGCAGAGCGAAUCAAGAUUUUGCAAAGAGGCCACGGAGAAUGGGCAGAUGCAAUGCUCCCAACCUUGGGAAAGGUUGGUCGAGUGCAGCAAAUUUAUCAUGACAAUGAUUUGAAAGUUGAAGUUUGUGGUACUUCGUGGACUUAUAACCCCCUAGCAGUAACCAAAGUUGCUUCCUCGGAUACAAAUAUUCAAGGGGCAGCAAGUGGAGAGCGAUUGAGUGCCCUUCUCAAGAAACUUUUUGAAACUCACGUCUCCGGAGAUGUGAAUGAAGAACUGGUCAAAAUGGCUGCAAAUGGUGAUGCUCAGAAGGUGGAAGAGUGUCUGAAACGACCCGAUGCCGAUGUGAACGGUGUUUUUGCCAGUCACACUGCUUUACAAGCUGCCAGUCAAAACGGACACAUUGAAGUCCUCAAAAUUCUGCUUCGACACAAUGCAGACGUUGAACUAGAGGACAAAGAUGGUGAUCGUGCUGUCCAUCACGCUGCUUUUGGAGACGAACCUGCAGUGGUUCUACUCCUGGCCCAGGCUGGUGCCGAUUUGAAUGCUCGAAACCGACGGAGGCAGACAGCUCUGCACAUUGCAGUCAACAAAGAUCACGUCGGUGUGGUCAGAUCUCUGCUGGAACUUGGAUGUCACCCCAGCUUACAGGACUCGGAGGGUGACACGCCCCUGCACGAUGCCAUCUCCAAGAAGCGAGAUGACAUGUUGACGCUGCUGCUGGACCACAAUGCCGACAUCAUGUUGACAAACAACAACGGAUUCAACGCCCUGCACAACGCCGCCCUCCGCGGAAACCCAAGUGCAAUGAAAAUUCUGCUGAUGAAGUUGCCGCGACCGUGGAUUGUGGACGAGAAGAAGGACGACGGCUACACUGCGCUGCAUCUGGCCGCCUUGAACAACCACGUCGAGGUGGCCGAGCUGCUUGUGCACGUGGGCAAAGCAGACCCCGACCUGCAAAACGUCAAUCUGCAAACGGCGCUGCACCUCGCCGUCGAGCGCCAACACACCCAAAUCGUCAGGCUUCUGGUGAGAGAAAAUGCAAAUUUGAACAUACCAGACAAGGAUGGCGACACUCCACUGCAUGAAGCCUUGCGCCACCACACUCUGUCCCAACUCAGGCAGCUCCAAGAUGUUCAGGAUGUUGGAAAGCUGCUCAUGGGCCUUGGAAGUCAAGGCGCAGACAAGAAAUCGUCUGCUUCGAUCGCCUGCUUUUUGGCCGCCAACGGAGCUGACCUGACCAUCAAGAACAAGAAGAACCAGACUCCUCUUGACCUUUGUCCUGACCCGAACCUUUGCAGGGCUCUGGCCAGGUGCCACCGCGAACGGACGGUGCAGUCUUCAGUCGGAGAUGAGCUUUGGGACUCGAGCGAGGGCGGAAUGGAGUCGUCGACCGCUGGGGAGCAGCUGGACGAGUGCCUGGUGUGCUCGGACAUGAAGAGGGACGCUCUGUUCAAGCCUUGCGGCCACGUGGCCUGUUGCACCGCCUGCUCUCCUAGGGUGAAGAAGUGCCUGGUGUGCAGAGAGCAGGUCCUCUCAAGAGUCAAGAUUGAGGAGUGCGUUGUGUGCUCAGACAAGAAGGCUUCUGUCCUGUUUCGGCCAUGCGGACACAUGUGUGCGUGCGACAGUUGUGCAGCUUUAAUGAAGAAAUGUGUCCAGUGCAGGGCUCAGAUUGACCAAAUGGUGCCAUUUAUAGUUUGCUGCGGAGGCAUUGGUUCUGUAUUUGAUGUGAGCAAUGAUGCUGAUGAGGAGCUCUCCAAUGCUACAUCCUCAAGUGACAUUGCACCGAGCAACACAACUACCAGCAAUCUCAACAACCAAAACAACAACAACAUUAACAAUCCUAACAAUUACAAUGCUCCUCUGAUGAACAACGGCUCACGGGACACAACAUCCACCGCCGACAUUCAAAAACUUCAGCAGCAAUUGCAAGACAUCAAAGAGCAGACCAUGUGUCCUGUCUGCCUGGAUCGACUGAAAAACAUGAUCUUCCUUUGUGGACAUGGAACAUGUCAGAUGUGCGGAGACAAAAUAGGGGAGUGCCCUAUAUGUAGGAAAACCGUAGAAAAGCGCAUCCUCCUCUACUAGGCCAUUCCGGAUUUAAUCACAUAAGUAGCUCCUCUGAUUAUAUUAAUAUUAUUAUCGUCAAUUUAAUCUCAAGUCGGCUCUUCCGAACUGCACUUUGGCCUUGGUUGCAAAACCACGAUGAGCAAAAGAUAAUUAUUCUAAUCUGAUCUGAUGAUUGAUAAACAGGAAUUGCCAUUCCUGUGCCUUGUGAAAAAAAAUAACUAUUUAUUUCCACUGUUAUCAGCUAAGAAGGCCAUUUAAUCUUAUAUUAUAGUCAACCAGGUUGCAAAACAUUUGCUUCACCUGUGCCUCUUUAGAAGAAAAAAAACAAGGCUCUUAGCUUCUUACUGAUGAUCACGUCACUUUCGUAUUUGACAUUAAAUAACUGGAAUAAAUUUUUUUAAUUUUUUCAAGCCUUUUCAUCAGGAAAAUUAUUAGGCUUUUAUUUUUCUAGAGUGAGAGAGUUAGGCAUAUUACGCUGUUGGAUUUAUUUCUUUGUAAAUCUUGCUUAUAAAUGAAGAUUAUUAUGAAAUAUGCUAAAAAGUUUCAAAACUAAAUAAAAAAAAACAUAUUGCCAAGAAA